GAUGCGAGGUUGUUGUCAUAAUGACGUCAGUGAAAAAAGGUCACUUGCAUCGAGGUAUGUCGCAGUUGGAUGUAUCCCAGACAUCUACCGGUAAUUUACCGGUUUGCCUAUUUCUCUUCAAGAGAGUUAAGCUGAUGUAGUCCGGGAAGUGUGUACAGAUUUUCAAGAUCCGUAAUGGCCUCUUCAAAUAGCUGUGACCAGAGAGCAGGGACAGGCGAGAAAAGCACAAAAGUAUUUGACCCAACUCUAACUCUUGAACGUUCUCAAUCUGAUGCUAUUCUUGGAAUUCCAAAAGUGGCUGUGAAAAAGCGCACUCUUGAAGUGUCUCUGUCAGCAGACAGCGCAGAAGAAAAGAAUGAAAAAGAGGGGAGAGUGUCUGAAAGCUCUAAAGUGUACUUCGAUCUGUCGGAAGUUGGACCAGAAAAGCAUUUGGUUGAGAGCAAGGAUUUAAAGAUACGUUUGAAACUGACUCCAGCCUUAGAACCUAUCCUGCAAGAGGCUGAAGAUGAGGCUGUCCAGGGAGAGACGUACCAAGACAGGCUACUGCUAACUUGUGGCAGUGAUACGUUUGUUCCAGCAUCACCAGACAGUGAUGACUUUGGAAAUGGUGGAUCUUUCUAUGCCAAGUAUCCUCUUCGCUUCCCACAUGGAUCGUCUUUAAACAAUUACCGCCACAAUCUGAAGCUCAGUUAUCAAACACUGUCACAGAAGCUGGAGGGCUACAUCUAUGAUUUGAAAAGUUGUGAUCUGAGUACCCAGUGCACCAUUUUAGUUCAGAUACUAGAUGUGGUCAAAGAGGCAUGGGACACCCCGGUCUAUGGUCGUGAUCUAGCAUAUGGGCUUUGUGAUAUAAUACGUAUGGAGGGUCUGCUGGACAGACUAGUAUACAAUUGUGCCUCUCCUGCCAGGGAUCUCCUUUCGGCUUCUGCCAACCUGCUGGAACAGGUGAUGUCCACCAAGAACAGAGAGCGAGUUGCCAAAAUUGGUUUAGUUACUAUUGUUAAGAUGACAAAGUCUGCUGUAGGGGACAAUAUCAUAGCCAAAGCUACAACAGGCAUUCUGGAAAACUUGUUCAAACUAUCUGAAGAGACCUGCUGUAAAGUAAUAACUCUUGGAGGACUUGAUGUCAUCCUACACUGGUGCCGUUGUAGUGACAAUCAAAUCUUGAGAAGGUGUGCCAAGGCGCUGGCAAACUUAUCUCUCUUCGGGGGUGCUGAAAAUCAAGAGGAAAUGGCAAAAAGACGUGUUCCUGAAUGGUUGUUUCCUCUUGCCUUCAAUCAAGACAAUAGUGUGAGAUACUAUGCAUGUCUAGCAAUCUCUGCCUUGGUAGCCAACAAGGAGCUGGAAGCAGCUGUACUUAAAUCAGGAACUCUGGAUCUUGUUUUGCCCUUCAUCAAUAGUAACAAACCAUCUGUGUUUGCUCAGAGUGAUCUUACACACAAACAAGGCCGAGAUAAAAUUUGGUUGAAACACCUAAUUCCUUUGCUGUUUAGUAGACGCCAGGAAGCUCAAGCACUGGCGGCCUUCCACUUUGCAAUGGAAGCAACUAUCAAAGCUGAACAGGGCAGGCAAGAGAUAUUCCAUGAGAUUUGUGCUGUACAGCCUCUAAAGAAGAUAGCAGGCAGCCCUAAUGCUGUGGCCUCAAAACUAGCAGCAGAGGCUCUGAAGGUGAUAGGUGAAAAAAUCCCACAUCGUCUUUCACAGCAGGUGCCUCUCUGGACUGUUACUGAUGUCUCCUAUUGGGUCUCUCAGGUUGGGUUCAGCAAGUAUUCAAGUCACGUGGAGGAAGCUGAGGUUGAUGGUGACCUGCUGCUUAUACUCAAUGAUGACGACCUUAAGGAAGGCCUGCAGAUGAGCUCCAGCAUUGUCAGAAAGAGGUUCUUACGAGAGUUGAAAUCUCUGAAGAUCUCUGCUGACUACUCAUCAUGUGAUGCAACAGGGCUUGACCCAUGGCUGAUGAGCCUGACCCCAGACCUCUCUCAGUACACAUAUUACAUGUUACGCCAGGGGGUGGACAAGUUCAUGCUUCGCUGUCUAACAGAAGAUGAACUGAGGUGUGAAUGUGGAAUCAAUAACAGCAUCCAUCGAAAGAAAAUCAUACAGAAUCUUGAUGAUUUAUCAAGUCCUUCUUCAAGCCGACAGAAUCUUGUGAUGGCAGUUGGAGACCUUGCAUCCAGUCUUGGCAGUGGUCUAAGGGCCAAUGAUGUAUUUCUCUCCUACAGACGCUCCAAUGGGUCACAACUAGCAAGUUUGCUGAAAGUUCACCUGCAACUUCGAGGAUUCUCAGUAUUUCUGGACAUUGAUCGAUUAAGAGCGGGGAAGUUUGAUGAAAAUCUGUUAUUGAGCAUCCAUCUCUCCCGUAACUUCAUCCUCAUCCUAACACCGAACUCUCUCGACCGAUGUAUUGGGGACAACAACAGGGAGGACUGGGUGCACAAAGAAAUUGUUGCUGCUCUGGACAGCAACUGCAACAUUGUGCCCAUCAUGGAUGGUUUUGAGUGGCGGCCGCUGGACCAGCUGCCAGAUGACAUGAGAGGUGUUGUUAGAUUCAACUCUGUCAGAUGGGUGCAUGACUAUCAGGAUGCCUGUGUGGACAAGCUGGAGACUUUCCUCACACCAGGAAGUGGGGUCAACGGGGGCAAACACACGAAGCCUUUGUCCCAUCAGGCCUCCACACAGAGCAACAUGUCAUCACCAUCCCAGGAUGACGUGCACCUCCGUCCAGCAGACUGUUUGGCAAUCAAGUCACACACCAGUUCACACUCUCUGCAUGACCUUGUAUGACAAUGGCUGUUAUAGGAACUUGAUAAUGACUCUCCAUAAUCUUGAAAGCCAUACCAACUAUAAUGUAAGGAAGUACAAAACUUCAUGGUUCAUACAACCACGUGAUUUUGAGACAAUCAACUUCUUUUUACAAGGCAUAUGAGUAGAUUUUUUCAUGACAAGCUACUUGUUUAUAGAAGAAUCACACACCAAAUAAACACGACAAAAGUGUUGUCUUUUGUUGGGAAUACCA